AUGGAAAAUUUCCCGCCACAUGACCCCAACGCCCCAUUCAGUUUUCCGAAAGAAGAAGAGAAAGUGUUGGAAUACUGGAAUUCGAUCAACGCAUUCCAGACCUCCAUAACACAAAGCAAAAUCGAAUUAGAGGCCGGCCAACGGAAACGCUGGAACUUCUACGAUGGCCCUCCCUUUGCCACCGGGCUGCCCCAUUACGGACAUCUUCUGAUGGGAACAGUCAAAGACAUUGUUACCCGAUUUGCCCAUUCAGAUGGAAACUACGUCGAGCGCCGAUUCGGAUGGGACUGCCACGGCUUACCGGUCGAACACGAGAUUGAUAAGAAACUGCAAAUCAAAUCGAAGCAAGACGUCCUCGAUAUGGGCAUCCCGAAAUAUAACGCUGAAUGUCGGGCGAUCGUCAUGCGUUACUCCAAGGAGUGGAGAGCAACCAUCGAGCGAAUGGGCCGCUGGAUCGACUUUGACAACGAUUACAAAACAUUGAAUGUCAGCUACAUGGAGAGCAUCUGGUGGGUCUUCAAGCAGCUCUGGGAGAAGGAUCAAGUCUACAGGGCCAGUCGAGUGAUGCCCUACUCAACUACCUGCACCACUCCCCUGUCGAACUUCGAAGCGGGAAGUGAUUAUCGAGACGUCAAUGACCCGGCGGUCACAGUCUCCUUCCCCUUACUCGACGAUCCGACCACUUGUUUGCUUGCCUGGACCACGACACCGUGGACACUUCCGUCAAAUUUGGCUGUCUGCGUUCAUCCUGAGUUGACCUACAUCAAAAUAUUUGAUGAGCAGCACCAGAAGAACUUCAUCAUUUGUGAAAAACUACUCGGGACACUCUACAAGGACCCCAAGAAGGCCAAGUUCAAAAAAGUAGCGACUUACGUAGGAAAAGAGCUCGAAGGUUGGAAGUACGAACCCCUAAUGAACUACUUCUACGACCAGUACAAAGAUACCGCAUUCAGGGUUGUAACAGAUACCUAUGUCACUUCGGAUUCGGGUACCGGCAUUGUCCAUCAAGCCCCAGCGUUCGGUGCCGAGGAUCACGAAGUGUGCAAACGUCAUGGUAUUGUUCCUGCGGACGUGAUCCCUCCUUGUCCAAUAGACGACGGCGGCCGCUUCACGAGUGAAGUUCCGGACUUUCAAGGCCAACACGUUAAGGAGGCAGACCCACAUAUCACCAAGUUUUUGAAGCAGAAAGGACGGGUGAUCGUCCAAAGUCAAAUCAAGCAUUCUUACCCAUUCUGUUGGAGAUCAGGUACACCUCUCAUUUACCGUGCGAUUCCUGCGUGGUUCGUGAGAGUUCAACCGGUAAUCGAUCAAUUGGUGGAGAAUAAUCGUCAAACUCGCUGGGUACCAGCUGCAGUCGGAGAAAAUCGAUUCCAAAACUGGCUGGCUAAUGCACGCGAUUGGAAUAUUUCCCGAAACCGAUACUGGGGCACACCGCUCCCCAUCUGGGUCAGUGAUGACUAUGAAGAACAAAUUUGCGUGGGAUCAAUUGAAGAAUUGAAUGCACUGUCUGGGUGCGGAAUUUUGAAAGAUCUGCAUCGGGAGUCAGUCGACAAAAUCCUGAUCCCCUCACGAAUGGGGAAAGGAAUGCUGAAGAGGGUGGAUGAAGUAUUCGACUGCUGGUUUGAAUCAGGAAGUAUGCCGUAUGCUCAGGUUCACUACCCUUUCGAGAACAAGGAAGCGUUUGAGUCUGCUUUCCCAGCCCAGUUUAUUGCUGAAGGCAUGGACCAGACUAGAGGAUGGUUUUACACUCUCCUCGUGCUUUCGACUCAUCUUUUCCAGAAGGCACCUUGGCAAAACCUGAUUGUAUGUGGAUUGGUCUUGGCUGAGGACGGGAAAAAGAUGAGUAAGAGCUUGAAGAAUUAUCCGAAUCCGAAUGUGAUCUUAGAUCUCUAUGGAGCCGAUCCUCUUCGACUAUUUUUAAUCAAUUCACCCGUGGUCAGAGGAGAAAACCUCCGUUUCAGAGAGGCAGGGGUUAAGGAAGUUGUCAGUCGGGUUAUGCUUCCUUGGUUGAAUUCGUAUCGGUUUUUCCUGGGACAAGUUGCACUGUUGAAGAAAGUCUCCGGGAUCGACUUUGAGUAUGAUCCGAAAGCAAAAUUAUCUGAAAACGUGAUGGAUCGAUGGGUCUUGGCGCGUUGUCAGGGAUUGAUUAAAUACGUCCGAGCUGAAAUGGAGGCGUACCGACUAUACACCGUCGUCCCACAGAUGUUAGACCUUGUAGAUGAACUGACAAACUGGUACAUUCGAUUCAACCGGAGAAGACUGAAGGGCGAAAACGGCGCGGAGGAUGCUGUUGUUGCUCUGAACACCUUAUUUGAAACUUUAUUCACACUUUGCCGCACACUUUCUUCAUUCACACCGUUUCUCACCGAAAACAUUUAUCAAGGACUUCGCAGUUUCUUCCCCAAAGGAAAUCAAGACUUGGGUUACGGCGAUGACCUCCGAUCUGUUCAUUUCCUUCGGUUCCCCGAAGUUCGUGCCGAAUACUUCGACCCCGUCAUUGUUCGCCAAGUCAAACACAUGCAAACUGUCAUCAACUUGGGUCGAACGAUUCGAGAAAGGAAAACGAUUUCGCUUAAAACACCCUUGAAGGAGCUGGUAGUCUUCCACACCGACCCAGAAUAUCAUGAAGAUGUCAAGAAACUGCAAAACUAUGUAGAGGACGAGUUGAACGUACACCAAAUAACCUACAGUAGUGAUGAGGCGGCAUGUGGAGUGAAAUAUAGAGUAGGGGCGGACUGGGCCGUCUUGGGUCGUCGACUGAAAAAAGAUUUAGCCAAAGUGAAACGUGGCUUGGAGUCGACCACCUCAGACCAACUGAAAAGCUACAUCGAGACCUCAAAAAUGACCAUCGAAGGCAUUGAAAUCGGUCUAGGUGAUCUCACAGUUAGUCGCUAUGUCGACAAAGAAGCCUCCAGUUCAGACGACUCUCCUAGUGCGCCGGCAUACGAAAAUAACACCGACGAGGACGUGGUAGUUCUGCUUGAUUGUAAACUUCGCCCCGAGCUUGAAUCCGAAGGGUUCGCGCGAGAAUUGAUGAAUCGGAUCCAAAGAUUACGCAAGAAAGCCGGCGCCGUUCAAACAGACGACUUGGACGUCUACUACAGCUUUUCGGAAGACUCAAGCCCGGAAGCCAACCAAUUCUUUGAAAGCGUCUUGGCUACCCAAGGAGAGGUGCUCUGUCGGGUCUUGAGAAAGGUACCCGAACCUGACUCUCUUAGAGAUUCCUCUAAACCUGUCCUUGCUCAAGAAUUGCAGGAAAGAUGGGGAGACCAGAAAGUCACUUUGACACUUGUUCGUGUCUAG